CGCGCCCCUCCCCCGCCGGAGGGAGGGUGCCCGGCUCCGGCUCCGGCUCCGGCUCCGGCGCGGCACCCCUGACCCCGCGCCCGAGGUGUGGUCCUUCUGCCAUCCCCGGAGUACGACCGGGUGCUCAGCCCACACUCCGCGCACUGGGCCAUGCACAAGGAGACGCCCGCCCCGCGGCGGCCCCCAAGGCCUCCCUGCAGCGCCCCGUAAUGCAAUCCACCGGUACGGCGGCGGCGACAUCAGCGACAGCGCUGCCCCACUCCCGAGACGUCCAGAAAGAGGAGGAAAAUGGCUCCAAGCAGGGACCGCCUGCUGCACUUCGGGUUCAAGGCGACCGUGAGUGACAGGAUGUUCUCAAAUAGCGAUGAAGCUGUAAUCAAUAAAAAACUUCCCAAAGAACUCCUCUUACGGAUAUUUUCUUUCCUCGAUGUCGUUACCUUGUGUCGCUGUGCACAGGUUUCCAGGGCCUGGAAUGUUCUUGCUCUGGAUGGCAGCAACUGGCAGCGAAUUGAUCUAUUUGAUUUCCAGAGGGAUAUUGAGGGCCGGGUAGUGGAGAAUAUUUCAAAGCGAUGUGGAGGGUUUUUACGAAAGUUAAGUCUUCGUGGGUGUCUUGGAGUAGGAGACAAUGCAUUAAGGACCUUUGCACAAAACUGUAGGAACAUUGAAGUACUGAAUCUAAAUGGGUGUACAAAGACAACAGAUGCUACAUGUACUAGCCUUAGCAAGUUUUGUUCCAAACUCAGGCACCUUGACUUGGCUUCCUGUACAUCGAUAACAAACAUGUCUCUCAAAGCACUGAGCGAGGGGUGUCCACUGCUGGAGCAGCUGAACAUUUCCUGGUGUGACCAAGUAACCAAGGAUGGCAUUCAAGCACUAGUGAGAGGCUGCGGGGGACUGAAGGCCUUAUUCUUAAAAGGCUGCACACAGCUAGAAGAUGAAGCUCUCAAGUACAUAGGUGCACACUGUCCUGAGCUGGUGACUCUGAACUUGCAGACUUGCUUACAAAUCACAGAUGAAGGUCUCAUUACUAUCUGCAGAGGGUGCCAUAAGUUGCAGUCCCUCUGUGCCUCUGGCUGCUCCAACAUCACAGAUGCCAUUCUGAAUGCGCUAGGUCAGAACUGCCCUCGGCUUAGAAUAUUAGAAGUCGCAAGAUGUUCUCAACUAACAGAUGUGGGUUUUACCACUUUGGCCAGGAAUUGCCAUGAGCUUGAAAAGAUGGACCUGGAAGAAUGUGUUCAGAUAACUGAUAGCACAUUAAUUCAACUUUCUAUACACUGUCCUCGACUUCAAGUGUUGAGUCUGUCCCACUGUGAGCUUAUCACAGAUGACGGCAUCCGCCACCUGGGGAAUGGGGCCUGUGCGCACGACCAGCUGGAGGUGAUCGAGCUGGACAACUGCCCACUCAUCACAGACGCAUCCCUGGAGCACCUGAAGAGCUGCCACAGCCUGGAGCGGAUCGAGCUCUAUGACUGCCAGCAGAUCACGCGCGCGGGGAUCAAGAGACUCAGGCCCACUGAUGGUGCGGGGAACCAAACAGUAUGCAGUGGAACCUGUCUUGGCUUGAAGUCAUGAAGAUGUGUGAGAAAGGCUGGCUCCUGUGAGGAGCAUCUCCUCAGAUGCCAGGGGCAUUGGAGAUCAUGAUCUGCCGUGGCCGCUUCAUGUGCCUGGGCAACAAGACACAGACUUCCCAGAGCAGCUGCUGCCAUAGGAAGGCCACCUUCUCCCUCAGGGAUAGCUUUCUGUCCCUGUGUCCUCCUGGCUGACAGACCCGCAUUGAGCUCCGGAUGUCUUGAGCCAGAAUCCCUACAUCCCUCAGAGCCAUCUUGGGUCAGAGGACUCUAAAGCAGUAAGAGGAUGAAGACUGGAGAUGACAGUGUGUAAGACCUUGUCUGGAGGGUAUAAUUAACCCAGACAAUUCAGAGAAUAAGGUUGUAAAUGACUAUAUCCUAAUUUACAUCUUCAUUCUCCAGCAAAGAACGUAGGCCACUGAAGUACCUACUGCUCUAACCUUGCCUUUUUACUUGAGACAGACUCUGCCUGCCAGAAGCUGCCAUAUGAGGUGAGGUUUUUGCAUGAAGGCCAUCUGCCCCUUUCCAUUCAAGCCAAAUCUACCUGUUCUGUCCGCUUUUAUUCUUAGGGACAUCAGUUUAGUGCCCCUGAAGCAUUUGGUCCUUAAGUCAGUAUGUGAGCUCUUGACUGGGUGACUGGAUCUCAGGAGCCCAAGAGAGUUACACUUUGAAGAAGCGUUGACACCGUUGGGCCCUCCCAGUGGCUGUGCUAGAGAACGUCCAGUGUGCUGCUUUCCCUGCCUUGAGUGGGUUCCGGGCAGCCCUUGGGGAGCUCACUUGGCAGAUGCCAAAUCUCAGUGCUUCCUCACCCAGAGUAGCUCUUUGCCCUCUACCAAGGAGAACCAUGAGCAAGCAGAAUUGUGUCUGUGGCCCUUUUAUUUUGUGUUUUCUGCAUUUCUUAUUUUGACAAAUUGACCUAGGGAAAUGAUAGGUGUGGUUCAGCGGGAAGUGGGGAAGUGGUUCUAGAAUGGGGUCCUUCCCUCAGGAACAGCAUCUGAUCUCAGCAGUGGUGACAGCUGCCUUCGCCUGAUGGACUCCACACCCUCUUCCUGCCAGGAGGGCUUAUGUCCCCUCACCAGAGACACCCAGGGAGGGUCCAGCAAAAAGAGCCACCAGGGCCUCCCAGCUGCUUGUGUCCAUGGCUGGUUCAGCGAACAAGACUCACAGAAGAGAGGUGGGUGGGGAAGGUGUCCAGGUGUGCCUUUCCUCUCCUGCUGUGCCGGAGAACCACGGCAGUCUUGAAGUGAUGUCUUUGUUACCACAGAAGGAAACUUUGCCCUUCUUGCUACUUACUAACUCCAGUCUGUACACUGCUGCUCAUAUUUAUGUUUUCCUCAGCCUAACCCUUCCCAGACUUUGAAGUCAAUAAUUACUUUUCUUUUACUCUCUUUUCUUUUUCUUUUAUUGGCACUAGAAAAUGAGAACCUAAAGUCUUAGAAAAUCCUAACUUGAGAAAGAGUUUCUAGCUGGUAUGGUUUAAUUACUUUACACCCUCAUCCCCCCCCCAGACAAAUGAUUUUCUUUUCUAGUGCUAUGUAAUGGAUCUUUACUGAGUGAAACCUUUGCUGCUACUUUCCUGGGUUUACAUCAGGUUUUCCCUUCAGAGUUCUUUCUUAUCUGUACUUUUCUGAUGACUGUUAAUUUCUAAUAAGUACAAGAAGGGGGUGUGCCUGUGAUUUCUCUCUUUCUCCCCUUCACCCUUACUUCACACUAACACCGGCUCAAUUCAGUGGGCACGCAGCAGGUCUGGGACCGGGGCAAGGUCGGAGUCUGUGGCUGCUGCUGUGCUCCCAAGCCUGGGGUCGCUAUGAGGAGAGGGGCCACUCACUGCCUCCCUCCUGGAACCAUUACCCAGUGGCUGUGCUCUGCUCGCCUUUGCCCAUCUUCAGUGACCCUGAGGGCACAGACCCGAGUGAUGUGGCCUGUGCAGAGCUCAGAGAACUGUGAGGACCCCAUGCCUGUCGCACUCUGCCUGGGCACAGGUGGAUGGGUGCCUGGUGCUGCUGGGGAAUUCUUACUUCAGGCCAGGCUGUUGCCUCACUGCACUCCCACCCUCACCCUCCUGGGGGUCAGAUGCAGAGGGCGGCCUGAGCAGUCCCGCCCUCGGCCACCCUGGAGAGCUUCCUUUUCCAUGGGGGCUGCUGCUUGCUUGUUGCCACCAAAGGCCAGGCCAUCCCCACACGGCAGCUUAAGGCCAGGUUCCAUGUGCUCCCCGAGUGACUGUUUCCACCUAACACUUGGCACCUGAGGACAGGAGGGGGUUAUUUAAAAAAGUCCCAGGUGACAGUAGAGGAUUCCUUUUGCUUUAAAAUCUUUGGACUAAAAAAGAAAUGUUUUUUAUAUAUAAAUACAUAAAUUGUUAUGUAACUAUUGUUUCCUGUACGUUCUAAUUUUGUUUUAUGAUGUAAUUAAAGGAAGUAAGCUGUGAA